AUGAAUAAAGAAUUUAAUUUAAUAAAAACAACAAAAACAAUUAAAAAAUUAAAUAAAAAAUUAUUUUUAUUAAAAUAUUUUGAACAAAAAAUUUGGCAAAUCCACAAACUGUCAACUUUUCUUUUUUGUUUUUUAAUUCUUUUAAAUGGACUUUCUGCUUCUCUUUCAGCUAUAGAAAAAAGUAAAUUGGCAAAUGAAUUGAAAAAAAAAAUCUCGACAAUUAAUUUAUCUUCAAUUUCUGAUGAAGAAGAAUUGACACAAGAACUUUUGUCUUUAUUUGAUUAUGAUAGUAGUGAAGAUAUACAAUUUAGUAAAGAUUUAGAAGAAGAAGGAGAAGAAAAUAAUGAAAAUAAUGCUCAAGUUUUAUUACAAUUAUUAGAUGUUAUUGAUGAAGAAGGAAUUGAAAUUGAAAAAGAAUUUAAUAAAACAAAAAAUGAAAAAGAAGAAAAUAAAAUAUUAAAAAAUAAUGAGGGGAAGGAGGGGGAGGGGAAGGAAUUUAAUUUAAUUAAUUCAACAAUAAUUAAUUCAAAUAAUUUAUUUAAUUUAACAACAAAAAAAGAAGAGAAGGAGGAAAUUAAAAAUAUUUUAAAUUCAACAAAUUUAAUUAAUAAAGAAAUAAAAAUUGAAGAAACAACAAUUAAUUUAACAAAAAAUAAUGAUGGUAAUUAA